UGAACGAGUGUGUCAUAGACAAAAUACUCAAAUACUGAGAAUCUCCAUGUUUGUUAUUUGAAGUUGACAAUAAUUAACUUGACAGCAGUGCUAGUGUCUUAUAGACUAGUAGUGAGAAGUGUCAAUCGUCGAGACUGGAAUUAGAAACAAGUUAAAAUUAAGAUUUUUGCGAACAAUUAAAUCCAAAUAGUUUUAAAUAGUACUUAAAUUUUCAUAUUUAUAUUACAUCCCGUGUUAACAUCUACAUACACAAAAUGAUUAACGGCCGAGCAUUACAUUUUGUUUUCAAAGUCGCUGACAGAACCCUUACAGCCAAAUUUUACAGGGAAAUUUUGGGGAUGAAGGUUUUACGUCAUGAAGAAUUUAGUGAAGGCUGUGAAGCGGCAUGCAAUGGACCCUAUGCUAACCGUUGGAGUAAAACUAUGAUUGGUUAUGGUCCAGAAGACACACAUUUUGUUGUUGAAUUAACUUACAACUAUGGAAUAACAUAUUAUGAACAAGGAAAUGACUUCCUGGGUCUGACAAUCCAGUCUAGUGAAAGCUUGAAGAGAGCCGCUGCAGCUAACUGGCCAGUCAAGGAACAGAACGGUUUAAAAUAUGUGGAAGCACCUGGCGGAUACAAAUUCUACAUAAUUGAUAAACCACAACCAGUUGACAAAGAUCCAGUUGUCAAAGUGUCUUUGGCAAGUUCAAAUUUAGCAAAGUCUAUUGAUUAUUGGAAUGGACUUUUAACACUGAAGAUCUUUGAGAAAUCAAACAAGUCUGUACUCCUUGGGUUUAGUGAAGAUCAAGCUAAGCUUGAAUUUGUUGAUAUUGGUGGUCCAGUAAAUCAUGCGAAAGCAUACGGUCGUAUCGCAUUCUCCUGCCCCUUCGACGAACAACCAGUCAUUGACAAGAAAAUUCAAGAGACUAAAGGAAAAAUUCUAACUCCUCUCAUAUCACUCGACACACCAGGAAAGGCUACGGUGCGUGUUAUUAUACUGGCUGACCCAGACGACCACGAGAUCUGCUUCGUUGAUGACGAGAGCUUCCGUCAACUCUCGCAAGUUGACCCUGCUAGUGAUGCAGAUUUGGACAAGUUCAUCAAAUCGGACAAGUCACGUAACUAAAAAAAAACUAAAAUUCUGGGUUGCCAUAUAAAUGAUCAUUGUUUUAACAUAAAAUUUCAUAAACAAAUAUUAAUAAUUGUUUAAAAAUCGUGAUAUAUUAUAAUUAUGUUGGAGAUUAUAAUCGAAUUGAUAUUUUUUA